AUGGAGCCGGCGGCCAAGACACACACGAAUCAAGCGAGGAACUUCGCCUCCAAGAUGUUGAAAAGCGAAAUCGCCCAAUGCGAUUCUCAAUUGAUGGGAGAUUUCCAGUCCAUCCUGCAGGGCGGCUGCAUCUACCUCCCCAACUUCUUCUGCGGGGCGAAGGACUUUGCUCUGCUCCAAUCUUUGUCUCGCGAUCUCGAAAAGGACGCAGGAGAAGGCAUGAUCAACUGGAGCAAGCAUCUCAAGCACGAGAAUCCCGCCUUCUCGCCCACCUUCAACGACAUCAUCAAGAAGAUGGCCGACUACUUUGGCACCAAGGAAGACUUCACCAUGGGCGCCUCCUUCGGAGCAUCGCGCCAGCUCGUAUUCCUGCAUCCACCUUCUGGCAGGACCUUCGACUUCCCACAGGUGAAUGGAGACAUCUUUGCGUUCAACUCGGAGGUGAACCAGCGAUUCCAGCAUGGCGUGCCCAAGGCGUGA